CAUUCCAUAGUUUAUGACCAGUUGUGAAUCUAAAAUGGCCAAGACACUCCUUAUCCGGAAUUUUGGGUAGUUUAUACAUCACAGGUUUUAGCCUAGAGACUAGUAACUCAUUUUCUGCCAUAUUUAGAUCUCAUAUUAUGUGAAUAAAUUGAUCAUGUUUCUGCAAUUUACAUAUAUUAUGGCAUGUGUCUAUGAGGAAGUACAUGCGUUUGUGGACCUUACCACGACUCAGACAAGGAUUCUAUUGUCCUAAAAUGCUGUCUUUUAGUAUUUUCUCUUUUAUUCUUUUCAUCUUCCUUGUCCCUCGUGUAUUUAAUUCUCCAUUGUCUCUGCUCCAUGGAGCACAUCUAGGUGGAAUUUUCUUUUAUCUCAUGGCUAUCCAAAAAAUAAAAGCUAUGUGCAGUAUCUUAGAGAGUUUCUACUAUGCAUGAACGUAAGCUUGUAUUUUUUUCUAAAGAUAUCAAUGGAUGCACAAAUUGUGUAAACAGAGCAUGUAAAUAGCUAUAUAUUGAACUCUGAACUUUAAUGACCCGUAUGAAAAACAUAGGAGGUUUAUUAAACCUGCAGAUAUUGAUAAUCUCGUUACAGUAGAACCCAGAAAUAUGCUCUUGAGUGGUGUGACUAUCCCCAAAUGAUUUCGUGCACAGGUCUGGCUUAUAUUACUAUGCUUCUUCAUGGGUCAUCAUAGUCUUAUUGUAUAUUAGAUUAGAGUGAUGAUGAUCUUCAUUUGGUUGUUGGAUUCAUUAACAUUCAACAAAGUUGUUGCUUUAAAGCCUUUACUUGUUCAGGGUGUCCAAGUAUUUCAGGCUGUUAGAGCUUUUGCGUUCAUAGGUUUUAUGUUCAAUAUCUCAAAUUUCAUCACUCAAUUUAUGCUUUUCCUAUUUCUUUUCUGAUCCUCCUCCCCGCAGUUGGAGGUGGGAGCCAGGGUUCAUUGCUUGCUAGGAGUUCCUUAGUCUGGGGGGCCAUAAGGGCACCCAUAUAGUUUAAUAUAUAAAACUAAAGAAAUUUUUAAAAAAUUAAAAGAGACUUUUCUGAAAAUCUUUAGAUGCCAAAUUAAUGUAUUAAAAAUAUAUUCUAAAACAAUUACAGUGAAUUUAAUCACACGAAAUUGAGGGUGAUUUACUUGAACCUUCUCAUAUAUGAGUCACUCACAAUAAUAUGCUAAAAAAAUUUAAUAUGCAGAGAGAAACUUAUAGAGAAGAAAGGGAGAGGGAGAUCAUAUUUUCUGUUGUACAUAUUUAAAAAAAAAUGAUGGGUCAAAAGUCCCAUAACUAUUUGUACAUUAAAUGCAAUUUUGGAAGCAUUGAAUUAAAAACUUUCUCUUCAGGAUUGAUGUGUAUUUGAGAAUCUCAGUUCCUUUGAAAAUUUUGAGGAACGUGGGAUUGAAUAAUUAUUGCUUUGUAUUUUUAUUGAUAUGCAGUUGUUGCUUUCAGUUUUUGGAUAUGCAUAUAUUGCUUGUUUUCCUUUGAAUAUAUAAAGAAUAAGGGUCUGUAUUGACCGACUCCCAUUGGCUUGUGAUCGUGCUCCCCCAACAUGUGACCAUGGCCUAAUCAUGAUCCCACUCAGAGCAUGGGACUGCGUUCCCAGAAUGGGGCUGCAACUGUUGUUCGGAGAUGCCAAAAGAAGCACACGGGCUACAUUCCCAGAGCCGAGAAACUUUAGAAUGGCUGCCUUGCGAGAUUUUAGAAGGGUCUAUGCUCAUGUUGCUAAUGUUUUCUAUGAUCGUGGGGUAGCAAAGGAGGAUACAAAGGAAAUCUCAAGCUUGAGUGUGGAACCAUGUCCUGGGGAAUAUAUUAUUAUCACUGUCUUUGAGAUACAAAAGACAGAGGCUGCAGCAUUUAUAAAUAGGGAGCCUGAAUUUCGUUACAUACUUGUUGUGCCUGAGGAUUUAGAUGGGAAACCUUUUGCUCAUCCAGCAGUGAUAUGUGCUAGAUAUAGCGAUGAAGAAUUUUUCCACGUGAGAUGCCAAGGGGACAAGGAUAUCUAUUUCAAGCAUUUUGGACGCCUGAAUAUUUUCAAGAUCUGGAGGGAUGAUGUGUUACCCUGCCGGGUUUAUCUUCGACACUGUGUCUUGGCAGCAAGGAACCUUAAUGAAGAAGCAUAUAAUAAUUUUCUUGACCACACUUUUCUUGCUGAUCGGAAAACAACUAUUCGUGAGUAUUUGGCCAAUGCUGGUUCAGGCGUUAUGGAAGAGGAACCUUCAGAAUCUGUGAGGGGUCGAUAUGAUGGUUGAUCUCACCAUUAACCAACCCAAGCAUUAAGAGAUUUGGGAAAGGGUUGGACAGUAGUGGUUGUUUGGACUUGGGAUUGAUUAUAGUCAAACACAAAAUAAUGUGUGCCGCAUCCAUUCAGGGGCUGUUAAAAAAGGUCGUUCCACACUUCAUUCUGUCAGGUUGCCAGUGUGCCGAUCUUCUAUUGUAAUUUGUUUUAAUAAAGCUAAUUAUUUACCUUUCUCAUUAAAAAUGGAGACCCCAUGCGUGGAGUUUUUCUA